AUGGAGAAGGAUAUUGGACCUCCCAGCACCCUGGUCACUCCAGCCUCCGAGCACCCUGGUCACUCCAGCCUCCCAGCACCCUGGUCACUCCAGCCUCUCACCCUGGUCAUUCCAGCCUCCCAUCACCCUGGUCACUCCAGCCUCCCAUCCUGGUCACUCCAGCCUCUCACCCUGGUCACUCCAGCCUCCCAGCACCCUAGUCACUCCAGCCUCCCACCCUGGUCACUCCAGCCUCCCAGCACCCUGGUCACUCCAGCCUCCCAUCCUGGUCACUCCAGCCUCUCACCCUGGUCACUCCAGCCUCCCAGCACCCUGGUCACUCCAGCCUUCCAGCACCCUGGUCACUCCAGCCUCUCACCCUGGUCACUCCAGCCUCCCACCCUGGUCACUCCAGCCUCUCACCCUGGUCACUCCAGCCUCCCACCCUGGUCACUCCAGCCUCUCACCCUGGUCACUCCAGCCUCCCACCCUGGUCACUCCAGCCUCCCACCCUGGUCACUCCAGCCUCUCACCCUGGUCACUCCAGCCUCUCACCCUGGUCACUCCAGCCUCCCAGCACCCUGGUCACUCCAGCCUCUCACCCUGGUCACUCCAGCCUCUCACCCUGGUCACUCCAGCCUCUCACCCUGGUCACUCCAGCCUCUCACUCUGGUCAUUCCGGCCUCCUUGUUUACAUAUGAAAUCAUGACAAGCAUUGGUGGAGAGUAA